AAAACUUUUGCUUUUCAUCACACAGUCCAUCUCGGUGCUUGUUUUGGUAAUAUGGUGCUGCUAAACGUGUAAAGCACCCAAUAAACUCAAAAGUUUAGUUUUGGCUGUUGGUUGUGUGUUGCUGCUAGAGAGACAACCAUCGAGCUUCGAGGGUUCGUUCGUCAGUGUGUGAUUCGAGUGGAAAGAAGAGCAGUCGCGAGAGCAGUGAAUCGCCACUGCUUUUCUUAAUUUUUUAUGUUGCGUUUCUCAACCGAACUGAUUGACGAAGAAGACGACAGUAGCGAAGACAGCAGGCAGUAGUGUGCAGCCGAGUUGUUACGAGCGAGGUGGGGGAGAUAAUUUUUCAGCUGUUUUCAUCUUGCUGCUGGCGACUGACGACAGCUAGUGGCAACGUAGUAGGCGAGGUUAAGGAUUUGGAUUUACGACGGAAGUGGCUGAUGGGAACACCUUCAUGAUCGGCAGCACUGUGCGGAAGCAGAAUUGGCCCUGCCGCUCACUCUCUGGGUAGAGCGUGUGUUGUUUUCGUGCGCAGAAGGGAAACUCUAUAAGCAUAUUGCUAUUGUGUGUUUUGUGGGGACAACAACAACGACGACGACUUCGCGACGACGUACGCGAGGAGGAAACAGGACGGUGGACGGGCAGCCCUGGUGCACCAAAACUAACACAGUCGUAGGAGUUACGACCUAAAGUUGAAAACCAAACUGUUCAUUUAACAAAAAGGAAUAGGAGCAACAGCAGCAGCUGAGAGAGUAUAACAACAGCAGCAGUGGCAGCAGUCAAGUGUGGAGACGAGCAAAAUAAUAACAGCAAAGAGACAUACUCGCUCCUACUUGGGCCAGGAAUACAGACAACCGGGCGUUAGUUGUGCUGGGUAAGCGUGUGCCAAAGCUCACACCUGUCAUCUUUCCCCACCCCCAGCAGCAAAAUGUCAUCCCCCAGCGCAGGCAAGCGUCGGAUGGACACCGAUGUGAUCAAGCUGAUCGAGAGCAAGCAUGAGGUGACGAUUCUCGGCGGACUGAACGAAUUCUGCGUGAAAUUUUUCGGUCCCCGAGGGACACCCUACGAGGGUGGCGUGUGGAAGGUUCGCGUUCACCUGCCAGAGCACUAUCCCUUCAAGUCGCCGAGCAUCGGCUUCAUGAACAAGAUUUACCAUCCCAACAUCGACGAAGUGUCCGGCACCGUCUGCCUGGAUGUGAUCAAUCAAGCGUGGACUGCGCUGUACGAUCUGUCCAACAUCUUCGAGUCGUUCUUGCCCCAGCUGUUGACCUACCCCAAUCCGGUUGAUCCGCUGAAUGGGGAUGCUGCCGCAAUGUACCUCCACAAGCCGGAGGAUUACAAGAAGAAGGUCGCGGACUACGUCCGGCGGUACGCCACCGAGGAGGCACUGCGUGACCAGGAACCUGCCGAAAGUUCCGACAGCGAGUCCAGUAUGUCCGAUUUCAGUGAAGAUGAAGCGCAAGACAUGGAGUUAUAACAACGGCUAGCCUCGAUUAUAACCAAUUAUUAUUAUUAAACAGAAAAACAGAGAAGAUUUAGGGAGGUAAAUGAACUCUUUUUAUUAAACUAAAUGUUUACAAGUAGGCAACCCCAACAGGUAAGUGACCCCCGACACCGAAUACACAUUCACACUGACAGAGAGGGCACAGAAAACUACCAAACAGAGUGAUUUAAAUAGUACCAAAUCCAGUUACAUUGUGUAAGGAAAAUUUUGAACGAGAGCUAGUGAAGUUCCGUGGGAGGUGAAACCAUUCUACACAUCCUGGCUACCCCUCUGCUCUCUCACACCAACUAAAUUUAGCUGAUUGAAUCGUUCGGACCCGUUUGCCCAAUCAACACCAUGUACACACACAAACACACAGACACACGACAGUAAGUACUAAUUACCAUCUAUUAUAAUGUAGAUUCAUAGUAAAACUAACCUGUCCGGGAACCAGUAAAAAAGCGUGUAACACUAGUGAUUGAACAAAUUAAGUUUAUUUCUAAUUGUCGUUUUUGCAAGUUCUCUGAAUUUCAUGAUCGUUGGUUGUCCUUCUGGAACUAACCCACAGCGAGUCUCUUUUUGCGUUGAAUGAUGUUUUGUCUCUUCGUAACACUAUAUAUAUAUUAACAUAACUUUAUAAGAAACAGAGAAAAAAAAAUUAAAACUCUCAUUUUGGUCCUUCUCUUCCCGUCAUUUUCCGUCUUUUUCCUUGAAAACACUUUUAUUCUUCUCCUCCCGGGUGGGUGGUUUUUGCGCGGGAGGAGUUUGUUUAUUACUGAUUAAAACUUAUUGAUAAUAUAUAGUAGGGCGAAAUAAGAAAUAAUUAUAUUAAAGAUAAUGAUUAAUAUAAAACAAAAACAAAACGAAACAAGAGUAACGCAAAAAUCAGAAAAUUGUGGAAAAAAUGUAGCGUUUAAGUAAGUGAUGUUUGUAAUUUCGAUGAAUGAGAAAAAUAUUCUUUGAGGAAUAAAAAAAAUCGAAUAUAUUUGAACAUAUUAAUAAAACUGUGAGAUGAAAAAAUAAAGCUUGACUCAUUUGGAAUCCACAAUCACAAAACACGUUGUAUCUCGGGAUUGUUUAAGGGUACAAAAACUGUUUUAUAUCAAAAUGCACACAAUUAAUUGUUCUUAAAAAAGUCACAGGAGGGUUGUGUCCGAGACACGACCGCAUAGUUGACGUAGGAUUCCGUUAGGAUAUCUGUUGAUGUUGGAUAUGUUUAAAGAAUUACAUCGUUAAACUCUUUGAUAGUGAUCCGGUGGCCCUGAAAAGAGCCGUUUUGUUUGGUUGUUGGGUAUUGUUGGUUCACUCCACCAGUGUUUACCGAGUGAUGAUGACAGAAGGAUGGUAAACAGUCGUUGGAUAGUGCGUAUCAGAUAAAAGAUACUAUCAGAUGUGAUACUAGACGAGAUGCCUCCUGUGUUAUGUAUGGAUGAAAUAAAGAGAAAAAAAACUCA